AUGAUAUGGGAUGAGGUGAAAAUCAGUGAAUGCUUUCCUCCACAUGAAAAGGACCUCAUUCUAUCAGUGCCUUUAAGUAUUAGACGGCCAGUAGAUCAAUUGGUAUGGAAUAAUAGUCUGGAUGGUGAAUACAAGGUCCGAUUGGGAUAUCGAUUACUUUGCUCUGGAGUGGGCAAUAAUCACGCAUCAGGUUCAUCCAAUAAUGAAGAAACGGAUUUCCAUAUUUUCUGUGAAUGUCCGUUUGCUAGAGCUGCUUGGCUGUAUUCAAAAUGGGGCUUUAAAGACAUUCCGCAGCAAUUUUCUUCAACAGGGAAAUGGUUAAACAUGCUAUUACAACACCUUGACAAGGAUGCCGUAGAGUACAUUAUCUGUGUCUUGUGGGCAAUCUGGAAAGGAAGAAAUCUAACAAUUUUUAAGCAGGAGAGGAAGGAACCGAAUGAAUGUGUGGAAUUGGGUUAUGAUAUGUGUUGUCAAUAUAGGUCUGCUGUAGCUAUCACUAAUCUGGUUGCACAACCAUAUGUAUCUAACAAGUUUAAAUGGCGGCCUUCAGUUCACAUCAAAUUGAAUUGUGAUGCUUCCACUUUUGUUGAAAAUGGAGGUAAAUACGUAAGGGCAGGAUUCAUUGUGAAAGGCCGUAAUGAGGAAUUCUUGCUUGCAGGAGGGUUGAAGAUAGCACAUUACUCUAGUGCAGCGGUAGCCGAACUUAAAGCUCUGUUAUGGGCAUUGGAGAUAUGUCAGCACGAACAGGCACAGGUUUCAGAGAUUGAGCUUGAUUUUGUGCAAGUAGUCAAGUGGAUAAAGGGCGAACAAUUUAAUGGAGUGGUGGGACACAUUAUUGCAGAUUUUUGCUCAGUUUUACGUCAGCUAAAUUGUUCAAUGAUCAAGCACUGUAGGAGGACAACUAAUAUGGUGGCUUAUGAGAUUGCAAAGACAGUUCAAGAACUGGGUAUGGCUCAACUUGUCUGGAGGGGAAUAUCCACUAUACCUGUGUCAAUUUAA